AUGAAUUCAGCUGAAAAUAACGAAAACAAUGAAACACCUACUGAAGAAAAACCAAAAUCAACAAUUUUAAACAAAGUUCAAGAGGUGGCAAAUAGUGCAAACCUAAAAAUAGAAUCAAUUUACGAAUUUUGCGAUAAUAUUUAUUUAAAAGUUAGUCCAAUUUACAUAUAUUUACUCGGAACAGUUUUAUCAGGAUUAAUUUCAUAUUUACUACAUUAUAAUAUGUUCGGAAAUCAAGAAGAAAUAGAAACUCAAUGGAAAUUCGCUUUUUUGCUUACUUGCGUAUUCUUUACUAGCAUAUUUUAUAUGACAGAUGAUUUCCUUGUUUCUCUCGUUAUUUCAAUUGUCAGUUCCUUUGAUAUUAAAUUAUCUCACCCUACAUCACUUGCACAGUGGCCAAUGAAUCUUGUUUCCAUAGUUUGCAUCACUUUCAUCUCAAAACUUACCAAAAAUUCCAAUCCUUUCGUAUUAAUUGUGCUUCUUAUCAUGCCAAUUUCAUAUUUCAUCUUGAAUAGAAGUUUAGAAGGCUAUUCUUACUUGUUACCAUUCGGGUAUGCUGGAAUGAUGCUUUGCAGAUACUUAUUUAGACAUAUUUUGGAAAUAAACUGCAAAUACUUCAUGAAAGGAUUUAUGACAUUAUUCGCAUAUCUUUUAAUACUUUUAGCUACCAAUCUCUUUAUUUUCAUCGCUCAAACUGGUCAAUCUCCUGAAUCAGCUUCACCUGGCAAUCUCUCGAUAGAAUUAGGUACCAGAAACAAAGGUUUAAUCAUAGGAAUGCUUAUUUCAUUUGUUAUUUCUGGAAUUUACAUAAGAAAUAGCUUUUUAUGGUUAAUUAUCGUUUGUGCCUAUGUUUCACGCGAUUAUGAUGGCGAUAAUUUGGCUUUUAACACUAUUAAUGAGAUAGAAAUCGCUCUUUUCUUCGCAGUUGCGAAAUCAAUUUCAAGAAUUAAAAUUAACUGGCUUGCAAAGAUUUUUGCACUGUCCGUACUAUUUUACUUCUCAAUUUACUCAUUUUGGGAUCCGGAAGCCUUCAGAUUUUGA